GAUCACACCAUCCUUCUCGGGAGACCUUUCAUGGCGACGACCAAUACUCUCAUUGAUGUGAAGAACGGGACCCUGAACAUGACGGUUUUAGGGGAAUUAGUGUUUACUUCUGUCCGAGAAGCCAUGUCUUCAUCUUCUGUCAACUUCAUAGAAGAAUGUGCUUUUAUUGAUCUUGCUGAUCCCUUUGUUGAUGAGAUGGUAUUUCAGGAGUUCGAGGACAAGUCGUUGCCGGUUUUCGAGGAGGAGGACGAGCCUUUAGUGGAUCUUUUUGAAGUAGGAGAGGGCCAUACCCGAGCGGAGACCACACUCGAGCUUAAGGAGCUGCCCAAGCACCUUAAGUAUGUCUUUCUGGAUGACGCGCAUCAGAAGCCGGUGAUCAUCUUUGUUGAGCUCGACAAUGAGGAAGAGGAGGAGCUGAUAGCCACGCUCAGAAAGAACCAGAAGGCAAUCGGGUGGAGUCUAGGAGACAUCAAGGGGAUUAGUCCCUCAACAUGCAUGCACCGAAUUAUCCUGGAGGAAGGAGCCAAACCGUUUCGGGAUAGCCAGCGCCGGCUGAACCCGAAUAUGAUGGAGGUAGUGAAGAAAGAGGCGCUGAAGUUGUUUUCUGAGGGGUUGAUAUAUCCGGUGGCGAGCAGUGAGUGGGUUAGCCCUAUUCAUGUGGUGCCGAAGAAAGGAGGCAUAACCGUGAUCGAAAAUGACAAGAAGGAGUUGGUCCCCACCCGCAUUACUACCGGGUGGCGUAUGUGUAUCGAUUACAGACGGCUGAAUGCUGUGACCAAGAAGGACCACUUCCCAUUGCCGUUUAUUGACCAGAUCCUUGAUCGUCUUUCGGGCCAUCAGUUCUACUGCUUUUUGGAUGGUCUCUCUGGCUACUACCAA